UUGUAGUUCAGGACAUACCUCUGCAUCUUUUGGGCUGAGACCCUCUGUAUGUUAUGGAUAGAGAUGAGUGACACCUGGUUAGCUAGAGUACUCUCUGCCCUGCACUCUAUGCACGUGCCCCGGGCUUUGUGUAUACACGUGAAGCAGCCUCUGCACCCCCACAUGUGCCAGCAUGCUGUCCACAUCACAUGUUGGAGGUGAUCAUGGCUAAUAGAUCAUGACUGAAGAGAGCUGCUUCUAUGGCAUGCCGUCUGCAUUGCGUCUCAGUGUUAAAUCCCAUAGACAGCCGCUGCUGUACAGAGUACCCCCUCCUCAGCAUUUUUUUUUUAAAAGAGCCUUUAGAUGUUGUUUUGAAUGGCUGGACUGGUGAUGCCCAGAGAGGAUCGGCUUCUGUCUGCACCAAGCAGGAGCUCUCAGGUUUCUGCUGAUACUGCAACGUCAAUAAAUGGGUCGCAGGAGGGAGUUCUGCAUGCACCUUCCCCAGGCUGCAAGGCUUCAAGUAUUCCCAGCCUGCUAUUUCCUCGCAUCUUGCAGCACCCAGGCAAGCAUACAUCUACCGCACUGGCGUGAUCUUCUGGUUUACCUAGCAUUGAAAACAAACAGGAGCGGAAGGCAGGAGGGAAUCUGCUGACUUGGCAAAGCCCACAGCUUCCAUAUCCUACAAGCUUUUCAUGUUUGGUGACUAUGACAGCGGGCCAGCAAUGCUAUUUUCAUGUAGUAGAACUGCCUUGCGUUAAGAAAGGAUAGUGGGACUAAGGUUUCUUUUGUUUUGUUGCAAGAUUUUUACAAGAAGAGGGGGAUCGAUAUCUCUCUCUCUCUCUAUCUCAGAAGAGAUCUGAAGAACCAUUCCCUUUGAUUCACGGAUCUAAUAUUGGGAUCAUCCUAUACAGAGAUAUAACAAUAAAGGGUUGAAGGAGGGUGCUGCAACAGCAAAGUGAUUACCUCUAGCAGCCCCUCCUCCCCCAUCCCUCCUCCCUCUCCACCGGAAAAAUGACCGUGAUAGCUGGGGAUAACAUGGACGAGACCUCAGCCCUGCCCGGCCAUCCUCAGGACAGCUACCAACCAGACCAUGAUGAUCAUGAGUGCUGUGAGAGGGUGGUCAUUAAUGUGGCAGGGUUGCGCUUUGAGACCCAGCUAAAAACUUUGGCUCAGUUUCCCAACACUCUUCUUGGUAACCCCAAAAAAAGAAUGCGCUAUUUUGAUCCCCUUAGGAAUGAGUAUUUUUUUGAUCGUAACCGCCCAAGUUUUGAUGCCAUAUUAUAUUACUACCAGUCUGGGGGAAGGCUGCGGAGACCAGUCAAUGUGCCUCUGGAUAUGUUUUCAGAGGAAAUAAAGUUCUAUGAACUUGGGGAAGAAGCCAUGGAGAAAUUUCGUGAAGACGAGGGCUUUAUAAAAGAGGAGGAGCGCCCGUUGCCAGAACGAGAGUUCCAACGCCAGGUGUGGCUUUUAUUUGAGUAUCCAGAGAGCUCAGGGCCAGCCAGGAUCAUUGCCAUAGUCUCAGUCAUGGUAAUCCUCAUCUCUAUUGUUAUUUUCUGCUUGGAGACUUUGCCAGAACUGAAAGAAGAUCGUAUUUUCACCCGCAAAAUGGGGAACAAUACAGUACAUUUCAAAUCUCACAUAUUCACAGAUCCAUUCUUUGUGGUGGAGACCCUCUGCAUAAUCUGGUUCUCCUUUGAGUUGGUGGUAAGGUUCUUCUCUUGUCCCAGCAAACCAGAAUUCUUCAAGAACAUCAUGAACUUCAUUGACAUAGUGGCCAUCAUCCCUUAUUUUAUCACAUUGGGGACUGAAAUAGCUGAGCAAGAAGGUCCCCAAAAAGGGGAACAGGCAACAUCUUUGGCUAUCCUGCGAGUCAUCAGACUGGUAAGAGUCUUUAGAAUCUUCAAACUCUCCAGACAUUCUAAGGGCCUUCAAAUAUUGGGACAGACCUUGAAAGCUAGCAUGAGAGAACUAGGGUUGCUAAUUUUUUUUCUGUUCAUUGGGGUCAUCUUGUUUUCUAGUGCAGUUUACUUUGCUGAAGCUGAAGAGGAUGACUCUCAUUUUUCAAGUAUCCCUGAUGCUUUCUGGUGGGCGGUGGUAUCAAUGACCACUGUGGGUUAUGGUGACAUGUACCCUGUGACAAUUGGAGGCAAAAUCGUGGGCUCCUUGUGUGCCAUCGCUGGUGUGCUGACAAUUGCCCUGCCCGUACCUGUCAUUGUGUCCAACUUCAACUACUUUUACCACCGAGAAACUGAAGGGGAGGAACAGGCUCAGUUACUUCAUGUUAGCUCCCCCAAUUUAGCCUCUGACAGUGACCUGAGUCGACGCAGCUCUUCAACAAUGAGCAAAUCUGAGUACAUGGAAAUUGAAGAGGAUCUGCAUAAUAGUAUAGAUAAUUUUAGAGAGUCAAAUCUCAGAACUGGCAACUGCACCGUAGCAAAUCAGAACUGUGUUAACAAAAACAAACUGCUGACAGAUGUGUAAAGCACACCCCAGCUGCAGGAUAUCAUUGGCUCAGCCACUUUCUGUAGACGCUUUAAAACUAUAGUCUUUGAAUGCUUUAUCUGUCAUCGUUAAUGCAUUUUUGCAUUGCGAAUUAAUGCUCAGCGAACAAGAAGCUUUCAGGAUCCGUGAAAGAUAAUAUUAUCAUUUAUUUUUAAAUGGGAUUAUUAUUUUUUUUUCUUUUUAACUGGUCAGAGGGAAGUAUUCCCAAACCAGUUGUAUUAGUUAGCAAUUAAAUGAUAGAAAAAAAAAAAACUUAAAAAAAAAAACACAACAAUUUCAUUCCCUUUGCUUGUUAAUCUUAAAUUCCAACAAACCAUAACCGAGAGUUAACAGAUAUGCAUGGAUUUUCAGUAGCUUUCUCUGCCAACUGCACAAUGCAUCCAAGGAUGUGCAUCUGUAUCAAAGGGUUAAAAUGAUGUAUGCAAACAUUUGCUCUCUUUUUUUUUUUUUUUCUGGAGAAGUGUAUUUCCUAUCCAAUGAAACGAUUAUGCACUUACUGGUGACCUACAGAUCCAUAAAGCACCUUAUAUGAACUUAUGCUUUAUAAAAAAGUAGAGCAACUAAUACAUUAAAUGGUUGUAAAAAGGAAAAAAAAUGGACAAACAUCUGCAAUUGCUGCUAGAAUUUAAUUUUUAAAAUGCAGAUGGUUUCAAACUUUUUUCUUUCUUGAUUUUUGGGUUUUUUGGUUUUUCAACGUGGAUGCAAAAGCUUUUUUCGCUCCAUGUUUGCGAUAACAGCACAAUGGAGUUUAUCAUAUCGCAUGUUUUUUUGUUUUUUUGUUUCUUUUUUCAAUUUGAUACCUACUGUAUUAUUUGGUGACCUUGCAUGCCUGAAAUGUUACCUCAAACAAUAGGGGAAUAGGUUUUCUUUUAAACUUUUUAACCCUUUCUGGUGCCGGAGAGGACAACUAUACAGUGCAGAGCAAAGUGUUGCCACCAACUGUGGCAAUAAAUAUAAAAAGGCUAAAAAUAGGUCAUCAUUUUAAUUUAAUGUUAUUUAUUAUUGUUAUUUUGCAUUCACCAAAAGUGCACUCCUAAUUUUUGAACUCUUUAAUUAGUAAUUUACAGUACUGUAUGUAAAUGCAUAUGUUAGUCAAAUGGGGACAAUAACUUAUUGGCGAACAAGCAUGUUCAGAUAUUCAGCAUUAUGGCCUAUUUGACUAAGGUUUAAUUAAAAUUAAUUAAUGCAUGAUUUUAGUAUUAAAAAAAGAUCUUAUUGGAUUAGGAGCCAGAAUAAAGUAAAGGGCCUACUGAUUUUCCUGCAGUGUUACUCAGGGAAAAAUGUUAUCUUCCUAUCAGGCAUAAUUGUAGAGAUUAUAUGCAUAAGGAACUAUGUGGCUUUUAAAGAAAAAAGUCAGUAUGAACACAGUAUGAGGCGAUGCCUAAGAUUAAAAAAGGCAUAGGUUUACAGAGUACAGUACAAAUGCAUGCCUAUAGCUGCAGUCUCAGAAUGUAAUUUACACUUUAACUAUAUGCAUCGAAAAACUGCAGACCAUCUCCUUAGCUAACAUUAUUUGAGGUCCAUGGACUUUUAUACUCCUCUAGAAUUUGCUAAAGAAAAUCUAGAGAACAAGGAUGAUCUAGAUAGUUGCUAGUGCCUUUAUCCUUUCUUCACUGAUUCGCUGAAAGUGCCUCCUAAAAUGUAAGGGGACUUUGCUGAGGUCUGAGCAGGUGUUACCUGUCUCAUAACCAGUUUUGAAUCUCUAGGGGUGCUUAUGGUGUCCCAUACUAUCCAAAUAUUCAAAUUCUAUGAUGUGCAGAAUUAAAAAGCAGAUUUACCUUGGAUGUGUAUAAUCAUGUAAGAGGAUUUGCAUUAAUAAUGUUUUUAUUUCUCUAGCAAAAAAAAAAAAACAACCAGUUUUUCUUUUAUUUUUAAUCACCAAGGGGACAUUGACUUUCACACGCUCCAAAGAAAAGUUUGCACUUAAUAGAUGAUACCCUUAAUUCUUUUGCCAUUUGAGCUUCUGUUCUGUUUCAACUUUCUGCUACAUGUACCAAGAAAUGCUAAAAUGUAUGCAAUGCUGCAAAUUUUAUUUAUUUAUACAUACACCUGAUCAAGAUGUAAAAAAAGAGACUUUUUUUUUGUACGUUGAAAAGUCGACUCAGGACAAUGUCUUCCUGCAUAAGGUGGAGGAGCUAUAAGUGGCACAUUUAAGGCUUUAUCCCCACUGGCUUUCACUACAUUAUGUCCCAAAUCAUCAUAGAAUCUAGAAAAGCAUGCAUAGCAUCAAUCAACUCAAUCAGGGAAUGUAAAAGCAGAAGGGAUCCAAGUCGUUCAUUAAUCCAGCUUUAAAAUCCGAUUGUAGGUUUAGCUAGGUACAAUAAAAAUAUAAAUGAAAGAACUUUUGACCUGGUUAUAGAGACUAUUUCUUCUAAAGGGUUAUGCUUUAUAUAAAUAGAACUAUGCCAUGCACAAAUGGUGCCUAGUCUGAACUAAUGCUCAGAGCAGAAGACUGAAGGUUUAUUAGGAAUGAUCAUGUGAAAGUAGAUUUCGAUAAUACACAUCAGUAUUCAGAUUUGAAGAAUUUGUAUAACAUUAAGGAAGGCACUUAAAAUAAAAGCAUCAUCUAUUAUCACCACCCUGAACCCCAGUGUUUCAAAACGAGGGGGCAUUUUUUCUAGUUUAAGUGUUUUUUUGUUGUUGGUUCUUUGGAUGAAAUGAACAAACGUACAAGAAUGGAUUGACAUGUUUCCAAUAAGUAAAGGUGCAUUGCAAAUGGUAACAGGGCAUUAAGAUUCUACGUUUAAUGUGUCAUGUGGAAACGGUUUCCAUAAAUUCUGUUUUUCUUACAUGCUACCCAACUAAGGUAGGAGACAACUUUUUCAUGUUUCACUGACUUUAAGACUGCUCUCUCAGUAAAACAGCAAUAAGCUAUUCAAUGCUGUAACGCUGAUAAGGUGAAUUUUUGUGGCAUCUGUCAAACGAGGCUCACUUGGCAACCAACUUAGUUGAUAGGAAUUUGGGGUUUCCAAAAUUAGAUUAUCCAGUGGACUAAAUCUUCUGCAUGUGUAAAAAAUAAACAAAAAAAGAAAAAAAAAAAGAAAAACAAAAGUACUGCAUGAACUGAAUUUUUGGAUAGGGGUUGGGAGACUUCAUUUGGAUCAGUCAGGGGGAGCGUAAAUGAUGCUUUUCUCAUUGCAGAGCAAAAAAUGUACAACCCCAUGUUGUGGAAUGGAAGGAGUAAGUCGUGUAGCAUAGGCAUGCAUAUCUGGAAGUUUGACAAAUCUUUCCCCCUUUUCACUAAAUGUGCUCAAAUGUCUUUGUAGACCUGA